ACAGGGAGCAGAAAAGUCACAUCAUCGCCACUCCAAGCAUCAAGGAAACAUCUGAGGAGUUGAGCCCGAAUCAUGCCACUGAAUUGGACCGCUGUAGCUAUGUAGACGCAGUCCAAAACUCGGGAGGAUAUUCGCCGCCAGGAAGCCGGACCGAAGGGUUCGGAUACAGUCAGAGAAGAUUCCUCUCCAUCUCGAACAUGGCCCGGCUCCGGAGGAGAGCUUGCGUCGCUCUUUUUCUCUUCGCUCUCUUCAUAUUCGGAACCAUGAUGGGACUCCGGACCCUGAAGCUCAAGGACGGACUCCCCAGCGCGGUCUCAGGUGCGCAGGUUCUUCCCGUGGUCGCGGGGCAAAUGGACCGGCGCUCCGUGCCCCACGAAUCCUCCACACCCCCGAACCUGGCCGACACCAAACAACUCAACUCAAACUCCGGACCUCAGGGGACGAUAUUCUAUGACGUUCACAUCUUCUACUACGCGUGGUACGGAACCCCGCACAUGGACGGGAAGUACAUCCACUGGGAUCACAUCCUGGUGCCACACUGGGACCCCAAAAUCGCCUCCAGUUAUCCGAGAGGGCGACACAUGCCGCCGGAGGACAUCGGAUCCAGCUUCUACCCGGAGCUGAGCCCGUACAGCUCCAGAGAUCCGGACGUGUUGGAGUCCCACAUGGAGCAGAUCGGAGCUUCAGCCGCAGGGGUGCUGGUGCUGUCCUGGUAUCCACCUGGCCUGGCUGAUGACAACGGGGAGCCCACAGAGGACGUGGUGCCGGCCAUUCUGGAUGCGGCGUACAGACACAACCUCAAGGUUGCGUUUCACAUCCAGUCGUACCGAGGGCGGAGCGACCAGAGCGUGCACGACAACAUUAAGUACAUCAUCGACAGAUAUGCUGACCACGGGGCCUUCUACAAGUUCACCACUAGCAAUGGGAAGAGCCUCCCCCUGUUCUACAUCUAUGACUCAUACCUGAUUCCUCCCGAGUCCUGGUCUGAGUUUCUGACUCCCACUGGCUCCCACAGCGUCCGUGACUCGGCCUACGACUCGGUCUUCAUCGCCCUGAUCGUGGAAGAGCGACACAAGCACGACAUCCUCGCCAGCGGAUUCGACGGCAUGUACACCUACUUCGCCUCCAACGGCUUCUCCUUCGGCGCCUCGCACCAGAACUGGAAGGCCAUCAAGGCUUUCUGCGACGGCAACAAUCUGCUCUUCAUCCCCAGUGUCGGACCCGGAUACAUCGACACCAGCAUCCGACCGUGGAACAACCACAACACCCGCAACCGGGUGAACGGGCGCUACUACGAGACGGCCCUGCAGGCGGCGCAGAACGUGAGGCCGGAGAUUGUCAGCAUCACGUCCUUCAACGAGUGGCACGAGGGGACGCAGAUCGAGAGGGCCAUGCCCAAGAAGACCCUCAUCAGAGUGUACAUGGACUAUCAACCGCACGGACCGGAACAUUACCUGGAGUUGACCCGGCAGUGGGUGGAGCAGUUCAACAAAGACAAGCAGCAGUGGCUGAUGUAAAAAAAAACCCAACUGGACAAGUACAGUUCAGAGGGCGCCAGACAAGCAGCGAAGCUCUAGUUUCUGCUCUUAGAGAAGCUGAGCAACGUCUCAUAAGCAAGUCGGGAGUUUUUAAUGAUCCAAUUGUUGGCAGCAAAAUGACUGAAUGAAUGAAUAUUUUCUCCAGUACAUGUGCAGAGUAUUCCGAUACCUGUCACCUGGUGUCAGGGGUGGGAUGCUCCACGUACAAGGACAAACCCAGAGCUACUUGCUGAAUGAUAAAUCUUCGAACAUGAUGUUGCUGAACUACUACACUCUCACUACUGUAAUUCAACAACCCGCCAUGCGCGUUCUCUGAGAGACGGUAUUUAUCACUAGAUCAAUAA